AUGGCAGGAUCUCUAGGUCAACCACUCACAGCAACUGCUCAGCAACUCAAAGGAAAGAAGAAUGGUGGAAAAGGCAAGAAUAAACCCUCAGCGAAGAUUAAAAAAAUUCGGAAAGAGAUGCUAUAUGGAAUACUGAAUGAAAGGAACAUAAGACAGAUUCAGUUUGGCUUGAGUAAAAGAUUUCCUACUUGGUACGGGAGCGCCGUUUAUUUCGAUCCUGAAACAAAAAGACUAGGGUGCUCUGAGUCCAAGGGUCAGCCUUCCUCUGUUUCGAGCGGCCAAUACUGGUUAGACACUCUUUUCGUUUGUGAGUACUGCUUCAAGUACACAGAUGAUCGAACACGGUUUGUUGCACAUGUCGCAGUUUGUCCAUUUCAAUAUCGUGCUCCAGGUAAAAUAAAAUACAAAAGCCCUGAGUAUACAAUAAGAAGAGUGAAAGGAUCCAAAUACCAGCUAUUUUGCCAAUGUCUUUGUCUUUUCACGAAGCUAUAUCUGGAUAACAAAUCCAUGUAUUUUAAAGUAGAUCAUUAUGAAUUUUACAUAGUUUAUGAAACUGGGUCAACAAAGCCGAUGGGAUUCUUUUCGAAAGAUUUAGUGUCAUACCAGCAAAAUAACCUAGCAUGCAUCCUGACAUUUCCACCAUAUCAAAGACGUGGAUUAGGCCUUUUACUUAUUGAGUUUUCGUACAAAUUAUCUCAAUUAGAAGGUGUCAUAUCAGGGCCAGAAGUACCGUUAUCACCUUUUGGAUUAAUCGGGUACUUGAAAUAUUGGUCACAGAUACUCUGUUGGCAUCUUAUUGAGGGCGAUCUCGCCCACUUUGAUAAAGUGACCCUGGAGGACCUUUCUGUAGUGACCGGAAUGAGAGUCAGUGAUAUUAUUUUGACCUUGAAACACCUGAACUGUAUUGGAGAAAAUAACCAAAUUUACUUGCAAUCAUUGAACACUUGGUUAAAAUUACACGGAACAAAAGGGAACUGGUUCAAAUUGAAAGAUGAAUACUUGCUAAUAGAUGACUAG